GCCUCCGUUCCCCUGCCCACCUCUCUCUCUUUCCUCUCUUCUUUUUUUUCUUCUUCACUUUGUGUGUGGAUGAUGGGAUUUUAAUCAUGUGGAAGGCAGCUGAGCGGCUCUUCUGGAAUUCGCUGACGCUGCGCCUGGUCCCGCCUGGCCUCCUCUGAGCAGGAUGGACACUCUGGAGUCAGAGCUGACCUGCCCAAUCUGCCUGGAGCUCUUCGAAGACCCGCUGCUGCUCCCCUGCGCUCACAGCCUGUGCUUCGGCUGCGCCCAUCGCAUCCUCAUCUCCCACUGUGCCACCAACGAACCCGUUCAGAGCAUCGGCGCCUUCCAGUGCCCCACCUGUAGAUAUGUCAUAUCCCUGAGUCCGGAGCGUGGACUAGAAGGACUUAAGAGAAACGUGACCCUGCAGAACAUUAUCGACAGAGUUCAGCGGGCCUCAUCUUCGGCCGGGCUCCCUCUGCCGCUGCCGGCGCCCCACAGCGGGCCCAACUCUCCCGGCGAGGAAGGGAGCGACCGUCUGGCGCUGGUCCCAGUCAGCGCCGCCAUGUCCAGUCCGGUCGUGCCCCCGGAACCGGUGCAGUGCCAGUUCUGCGAGCAGGACCCGCCGCAGGACGCCGUCAAGACGUGCGUGACGUGCGAGGUGUCGUACUGCGAGGAGUGCCUGCGGGCGACGCACCCGAACAAGAAGCCGUUCACGGGCCACCGGCUCAUCGAGCCCAUGCCGGACUCCCACCUGCGGGGGCUCCAGUGCCUGGAGCACGAGGAGGAGAAGGUGAACAUGUACUGCGUCACUGACGACCAGCUGAUCUGCUCGCUGUGCAAGCUGGUGGGGAGGCACAGGGACCACCAGGUGGCAGCGCUGAGCGACCGCUACGAGAAACUCAAGCAAGCCCUGGACUCCAACCUGACCAACUUGAUCAAGAGGAACAACGAGCUGGAGUCCCUGAUGGGCAAACUGAUCCAGACUUGUCAACAUGUGGAGGUGAACGCGACCCGCCAAGAGGGCAAGCUGCUGGAGGAGUGCGACGUCCUGAUUGACAUCAUCCAGCAGCGGAGGCAGAUCAUCGGCAACAAGAUCAAGGAGGGGAAGGCACAAAGGAUUCGGAAGCUCGCCCAACAGAUCUCCAACUGCAAGCAGUGCAUCGAGAGGUCCUCGGCCCUCAUCACGCAGGCCGAUCAGACGCUGAAGGAAACCGAUCACGCCCGCUUCCUGCAGACCGCCAAGAGCAUCAACGAGAGGGUUUCCAUGGCGACUGCAUCAACCCAAGUGCUGAUCCCCGAGAUACACCUGACGGACACCUUCGACACGGUCGCCCUGGACUUCACCAGAGAGAAGAAGUUGCUGGAGAAUCUGGAUUACCUGACAGCUCCGAACGCUCCGUGCAUCAGGGAAGAGUUGUGCACGGCUUCGUAUGACACCAUCUCCGUCCACUGGACGUCUGAUGACGAGUUCACGGUGGUGUCCUAUGAGCUCCAGUACGCCAUCUUCACUGGGCAGUCCAACAUCGCCAGUCUGUGCAACUCAUUGGAGAGCUGGAUGAUUGUUCCCAACAUCAAGCAGAACCACUACACGGUGCACGGUCUGCAGAGCGGCACCAAGUAUAUCUUUGUCGUCAAGGCCAUCAACCAAGCGGGAAGAAGGAGCAGUGAGCCGGGGACUCUGAAGACCAACAGCCAGCCGUUCAAGCUGGACCCUAAAUCUGCCCACAAGAAGCUGAAGGUGUCCCACGAUAACCUGACGGUGGAGCGGGACGAAACCACGUCCAAGAAAGGCCACAGCCAGGAGCGCUUCACCAGCCAGAGCAGCUACGGCGUGGUGGGCAAUGUCUACAUCGACAGCGGCCGCCACUACUGGGAGGCUUUAAUCGGAGGGAGCACAUGGUACGCUGUCGGUAUUGCCUAUAAAUCGGCCCCCAAGCACGAGUGGAUCGGCAAGAACUCGGCGUCCUGGGUGCUCUGCCGCUGCAACAACUCCUGGGUGGUGCGCCACAACAGCAAAGAGCUGGCCAUCGAGCCCUCGCCCCACCUGCGGCGCGUCGGGGUCCUGCUGGACUACGACGCCGGCUACGUGACCUUCUACGACGCCGUGGGCUCCCAGCACCUGCACACGUUCCACGUGACCUUCGUCCAGCCCGUGUGUCCCGUGUUCAACGUGUGGAACAAGUGUCUGACGAUUCUCACCGGCCUCCCCAUCCCGGACCAUCUGGAGGAACUGGAGCCCGACAACUGAGAAUGAAAUCGGCAUGAACUGGUGUUAAAGCUGCACUGGGCACGAUUUAUGGAAGUGAUCGUCAGUGGAUGGGGAACAACAAAAGGGUCCCGUCCUUUUUUUAUUUUUUAUUUCACAUAAAAUCUGCAGUUUUUACCUCCCACUAAAUUCUGGUCACGUCCAGUUUUUGCACAAGGAGGUAAAUAACGCCAGCAAAAUGACCUUGUGCAGCUUUAACAUGCGGGGGGAAGAGAGACGAUGUUUUCUCGCCGAGCUUCUGAAAAGUCAUUAUCCGUUGUGUGCUAUGAUUUCUAUUGCUGGUUCGUGUCGUCUUUGACUCCUAGUGAAAACCUCUAUUUUUUUUCGAGACGAAUGACGGUAAACUGGAGUCAAUCCAGAAGAAACCAGGACAAAUGGACAGAUCUGAGCCACAAAUUCAUACCCUGAAGGCACUUUGGGCCACGAUAUAUGGCAACUGGGAAACAAGCCACAAAUCAAUUUCUAAUUUUCUUCUUUUUUUUCUUUACAACACCUUAUCAGAUAUAGCACUUUGAAAAUCCCUGAAAGUACACACAUAGAGUUAAACACUGCAUACACGCGCGCGCACACACACACACACACACACAACACCCCAACAAUAAUCAAUCAUGGUUGCUGGAAAGAGCAGAAUUAUAGAUGUAUAUUUUGUAAAUUCAUCACAUACCUCCACCCUUAUCUUUCCCUCGUUCAUUGAAAAGGAACCAAAGUAGCCAUUGCUGUCUAAUCGGAUGUCUUUACAUAAGUAAAUAAAUGCUGAAUUAUUUUUUCAAACGUGAUGAGAGGAUAUAGAAUUAUGCUAAUAUAAAAAUGCAGGAUCCCCUUAAAUGUAGACCUUGUUUUUGCUCAUACUUUAUUCCUGCUUUUUUUAGCCUAAAAUGUAUUAUUCGGUGCAAUUAUCAUGAAUUAAUAUUGGAAAAAGUGCUGUUUUCCGUUUUCCUUUUCUUCUUUUUUUCUGGCCACCAUUUGGAUUUCAUGUGAUACAUUAUCUGCGAGUUGUGUUUCAGUUGUAGCCCCAAGGUAUUAUUGGAGCUGUGGGAUAAAAUGCACAUUAGCGUGGGAUUUCUUUUCUCACUUUUCUACACAACAAGCAUAUGGCUGUUUAGCGGGACAUAUUUGUGCUGGUGUGCCAAGACUUAAUUAAUUAGCUUUUAACAAAGAGUGUCUUCCAAUUAUUAAAAAUACUCAUAUUUACACGUCAUGUUUACACUGAGGUCUUGGGGGAAAACAAUCUAAUCUACAUGCAGCAUCAUUCUUUCCGACAUGUUGCACUUUGAUUAUGUCAGUAGGGUGCACGUUACUUUUCACUCAUUGGCUUGCUAUUUAACAAAAGGGACAAAACGGCAUUAAUGAAAUUCAGCCUUUGAAACUCAAAAGGUCAAGACCCUUGCAACAAAACCUCUCAAAGGGAUAUCGUCCUAUAAUUCGAUAUUGUUCUCUAUGUAAUAUUGUUGAACAGUGGCACAAAAGGCGCUCCUCAGUGUAAAUAAAGAUUUGGUUGUUUUAAUGUUGCUUUGUUUCAAUACCUGAUACACUUCAAAAGUAUGAUGAAAAAUCAUGUUUCCUUGGCAAUUAAUUGAUCUGUAUUUUUUCAUUGUAUCCGAUGAAUAUGUAGUGCUUAAUUUAAUGUUUCCACUUUGACUUUCAUGACCACGGUGUUAUUCGUUUCGACAUUUUUCUUCUUUUUUUUUUUUUAAAAUGGAAAACCGGAUAUGUGCGCUUGCAUCACUGUCGUCUGAGAAAAAUCUAUGAGAAGGUCAAAAAAUUAAACGUUUGUCCCUCUUCACA